UUUUUACUCUGUAACAAUGGCUAGGGACAUUUAAUAGGUUGGUAUCGCUACCCUUGAGAUGAUAAUAAAUAAUAAAAGCUAGUAACAUGACGGCCUGGAGUUUCGAGACGGCAAUGUUCUAGGCACCGAUUGGAAGUUAUCUGUGCUCUAGGUAUGGAUAUUUCUCACAAAUUUGACGAGUGUUGCACUUUGUUAAAGUCACACAAAGUGACAUCACGUAAGCAAGGAUGUGAUAAUUUAAACGAAUACAUUGAUCAACAUUCCACAAUCGAGUUUUUGAAUAAUGAAGGUGUUGACUGGUGGCCCAAAUUGUUGUCUUCAAUUCAGAGCGCUAUGGCCAAGGAUCACAUCAAGAUUUUAGAAGACUGUCGUAAGAAGGGUACAAACCCUGUAGCACCCCCUAGCGCUAAUUUGUUUGAGCAUUUCGUGCGAUUGGCGACGAAAUUUUGUUCAGUAUUAAGUUUCCGCAAAAUUUUUAUUUUUUUGAUCGAGGGAUUGCGUGAUGAGACUAAAAAGUACUUUCGUUACAUUUUUCUGAAGAUAAUUUCUCAAAGUUUUCUCUCGAAUUCGAAAAUUCGAAGCUCGUUGCAAGGCCAGGAUUGGGACGAGCUUUACCUCGUAUUAAAAACAUUAAAAACGGAAGAUUUGAAAUGCUUAGCGCUUGUGAUAAAAUGGGGGCCUUUGUGUAAACUCUCAGUCGGUUUGUUAAGGGGGGAAUUUGACUUCAUCAAGAAUUUGUGCCACGAGGUGUCGCCACUGACCUCACAGCAGGGAAGUCUUCUUGAGCUGGUCUACGAUUUUUGCCUGAACACGGCGAAAGAUAACAGAAUGGCCUGCUGCAAAUUGGGUGAAGAUAUUUUCAAAAAAAUUAUUACUUUCUAUGAACGAAACUCAUUCGAUAGUAAAAUUAAAUUGAAAAUCAUUGAUUUUUUCUUGUUACAAAUAGCCAUCCAUCAUCCUGGUGGUGCUAAAUUUGGUGACCCAGUCGCUUAUGCAAUAUCACUCGACGUGUGGCACCACUGCUUGUCAAACAUCUAUAACAUUCUGCUCAACGAAAUUGAUAACAAUCUUGGACGGGCAAACCGAAAUCAUAUUUUUUUUACUAUAAACAAUGGCACUUUACAGCUUUGUGAACCUUUCACAAGUCUUUUUGUUGGUGUUUGUCGACAGUUAUUUGCUGAUGAAACUGACGGUGAAGAACCGGCGAGUAAACGCGGGCGAAUCGAAUUCAAUCUUGCCAACCUAAUUAGAAAAAUAAGUGAUACCAGGUCAUGGCUAUGGAUAAGUUUGGUAUCCAGUUUGAUUGAAACGUAUCCAGAUAUCGUUAACAGCAACGAUUACGUCACACUUUUAAAGUUGCUAACUUCUUUACAAAAUGAAAAAGAUAGCACGCUUGUCCAUCAUGUUUAUAGACAUUUGAAUGUGUUAAUAAAAAUUAAACAUAGUGUUAAAGUGACCGGAAUCGAUGAUAUGUGGAAGGUGACUUUACGUCAAAUUGGUGUCAAUCAAGCUGAUGACGAGGUUCAACUGUUUUUGCAGCAGCUUUUGACCGAGAAAUACAUCACGAAUCAUGAGAUUUUAUUUCAGUACUGCCAACCCCCUAUGACAUUAAAUGUUACUAAAAGUAACUUAAAUACUCUAGAUAAGGCGUUUAGAACUUUUGCAUAUUUGCAACAUGACACAAAUGUUAAAAGUAACGCUAUUUCUUGGAUUUUGAAUAAUGGUGUGAAACUAUUCGACGACGUUUAUGUUUCCGAAAUUCUCAUACGUUUGAUUGCCAAGCAAUGGCCGAACGAUACUUGUUGUCAGCUUAAAGAAAAAAAGCGAAUUUUCGACGAUAUUGAAAGCAUUUAUUUGACAAUUUCGUUUGAGCAUCUCUUAACUUGGGAAAAUGAUGUUAAUAAAGAAGUUGAUAAUAUUGUCUAUGGCGAGCAAACCCUACUUAAUACUUUGAUCACACAUCUAAUAAAUUUGAAUUGUGAUAUUAUUGAAGAUCAAUUGAAUGUUACUAUUCUGACAUUUAAUCUUGUCAGUUUUUUGUACAACUUUAAUAUAAUCGACUCUGAGUCAAUCUUAUGGAAGUUUUUUGAGAAUUGUACGAAAAAUAUUUUUGCGAGGGUAGGCCUUGAAUUAAUCAACGUAAGUGAACGUCGUUUGGAGAAAAUGAGCGAUUAUGUUAAAAAACUAAACGUUUUAUUUUGUAUGAAAAUCAGUGAUUUUUGCGUUAGACGCUUGCGAACACUUGUCUCAGAGGAUUUGAUCAAGGCGAUGUUUGUUGGGUUGAGGACAGAAUUUGACGAUGUGGCGCAUGAAGAUCUUUUUCUCACAUUCCGAAAAUGUUUAAUUGAGACUUUAAUCAGUUUCUCAUGUCUUCCGAGCUGUAGUGAUUUGCUUCCGAUCCAACAGAGGGCACUUUCAGUUCUUGUCGAUUCCGACUACGACUGCGCUUCCGAUACUGACUACGAGCUUGUCCUGACUCUUUUCCGCUCAAUACAGUUCUGCCAACCCAAAUCUUUGAACGAAAAAACUCUACUUUCAAUUUUUAAUCUCUUCCAGAAAUUUUGCGAAAUACAUUAUCAUUGUUAUUUUAGUGCUGUCGAGAUUUUAAGUUUGUUUUACAAAAUAUAUCCGUUUGUGGCAUCAUCUAAUUCUGAUCUUUGUAAAAGUCAAUAUGUCGAAAUAUUGUUUCCCUUUUUUUUAAAAAGAGCCGAUUACGGUCCCGAUGUGUCUAACACUUUAUUACAGUGCAUGGGUUUAUUGUUUGAGCUUGAUCCGAACUGUCAAUUUUCGCGGUGGUCUAGUGAUGACAUAGCUUUGAAGAUUCCAGAGUUUUUGCGAAGCGACUUCCAAGAGGUCAGGUUCAAUGCAAUUAGGAAUUUAGCAAAGUUUUUCAAGUUAGCGUCGGAAACGAAUCGUUUAGAGCAAUUUCACCGUCAGGAAAUAAUGUUUUCUGUCGUUGCAGAUAUGACUUUGAAAAUAUUUGAAAUUGAAGGUAAUGUAAAUCGGGAACGUUUAAUUGACGAAACUGUUACUCGAUCAGCGACCGUGUUGCAUCUUUAUGCGUCUAUAAUGCUUGCAUCACAUUUUUGGAUCGAGGAAGCCUUAUUCACCUUGCUCAAAAUAGUCUGUGAUAAAAACUUAGAUUUAAAUCAAGUUGAACGUGUUAUUGAAAUGGUAGCCAAGCAAUUAGGUUUUACUUCGGCUUUAAAUUUUUUGGAGGAGUAUUUAGUUGGUUUGGUUAAUUCGUGGAAAAGUUUCGACAUGGAUAAAUUUCCGUUUCGGUUGUACGAUUGCGAUUCUAAGAUAAACUUUUAUUCUAAAUAUUGGACUGUUCUUGCUCCUCUUAUUAUCGAACAAAACCAAAAUGACUUCCAACAAGUUGCUUUGUAUUUGGAGAAAACGCCUCAAAAAUUAAUCGAGGACACUUGUCCGCGAUUGUUGAGUUAUUGUCUGAGUCAAGAAGUAUCAACUUUGUCCCAAAUCACUACAAACAAAAUUUAUAUUCAACUCAAUGAUAAUCUCGGAGUGUCAAAGUGCCGUGAAAUUUUCAAAAGUAAUAUUGAAGAAGUGAUUUUAACUCUUGCAGAAUUUAUCCGUGACGAGAAACGAUUCCAAAUCUUAUUUUCACGAAAUAUCGUUUUUUCCAAAAAUAAUUCACCUCAUUUGACUGAAGAAGAAUUUUACAUGUGCCUUCAUUUUAUAGAGAACACAUUGUAUGAGGAAAAUUCUGUUAUAGCCGAUUUAAUGUCUCACACUCCAGCAAAAAUCCACUUUAUUUUGUUACAAAUUAAUUUGAGGAUUAAAGCGGCGUUGGCAUUGAACGAAAAGCUGCGUUAUUUUUAUAUUUAUUCCAUUGUUGCCAUGUUGUGCGUGGAGGCGGUGGUGGAGGAACUUCAAUUGUACUUGAUUCGUGAUUUGACUCACACUCUCUUGCAUUCCAUAAAAAAUUAUAAAGUUUAUCCCGAAUUGAGCGAAAUCAGUUGCAAGUUUUUCAAAACGUUGUUGAAGAAAAUUUUGCCGGGGCUGGCGACCGUGGUUAGGAAUUUUUUCGCAGUGAUCGUAAGUCGGCUAAGGAGCAUUGCACUUGAGGAUUGCGAAAUAAGCAAUUUGUGCCUGGACCUGCUUGAAUUUCUAAUAAUCGUCCAUGAAAAUUCGUUCUAUGACGAAAUACAGAAAUUAGAUUCACUUCCUGAGACUUCAAAGUUUGCGAAAAUUUAUUCAGUCCAUUAUAGAAUCAAAUAUGGAAACCGAAAAGUUACGCUGCAAGACGAGAUUUGUCAAUUUUUAAGUUUUCACAAAAAUAUUGAAAGUGUCGACGAGUACCAACAUAGCUUGACACACUUCCGAAAGUUACUAACGGAGAAGAAAGACGAACUGAAACAACUGUACAUCGAGUUGCGACAAACUCGGGGAUUUUCCGAGGAUUGCGAAAACAGCGUUUUGCAUAAGUUGAUUUGUAUGUUAAUUACGCUCAGUAGUUCAGCCAAUCAGAACGUUCGAAAUGAGGCCGUGAGGUGCUUGGGAGAGAUCGGGCCCGCUGAUUUGGCCACGUUGAUUUUACAGCCCGAAAAGGCCAUCCCUGACCCAAAAUUGACACCAUGGGAGUUGUUAUUCAAAUAUUCCCUAACUUUACUUUCAAAAUAUAUAAUAGAUUCAGACGUAAACGUAGUUAGAGUUGCAUCGAUAGCACUCUUUCAAAUAUUGUCAACAAAAGAAGGUCGUAACGUACAUAUUGACACUAGUUGGCAUUACUUAACGCCAUUUUAUUCGAUAAAGGUUAACCAAAACGCUUUUAAUGAUCGAAUAGAUGGCAAUACGUUUGUCAAAGUUAUAAACGACGAUGAUUUAUGGAUUCCUGUCCAGAGUUGUCAUAACUCAUGGAUAACUAGAUUAGUAACGGGUUUUUUGGGUACAUUUCAGGAGCGGUCAUUGUGUAAUGCUUUAAUUGAUGUUUGUAAAGUCAAAACUGAAUUUUCCGAACAAAUCCUGCCAAUAUUAAUCUACAGUGUUCUCUAUUCAAACAUAAGCACCUUUACGAACUUGAUAUCGUCAAAAAUGUCAUUUUUUUUUAAUAAACAUUGGGACAUCACUGUGAAACAUGAAAACUGUGACAGUAUUACCGUGAACAAAGCGUCUGUCCAAACAAUGUUGCAUGUUAUUCAUUUUAUUCGUCUUCAACAAAACGUCCGGAAAAAACAAAUUAUUUUAAACCUGGAUUAUCUGAAAGUGGCCAAAGCGGCCCACUUUUGCACCGCCCACUUUACAGCUCUCCUCUACGCCGAUUUGUGGUGCCAAGCACAAAUUGAUAAAUCACCGGACGAUUACUGUCUUUCCUCCUCAAUAUACACUAAGCUUGAUCUUAUUUAUGAAAAGGUAGACCAAAUCACAGGCGACGCUCUUCAGAACAUUCUUCGACAGGCUUACAAAGCAGUUGGCGAAUGUGAUGCCCUUCUUGGAUGUGGUUCCUCCCACCUACUCAAUGCUUCGACGCGUGUGGAGCACUAUAAAGAGCUGGGGAGAUGGGACCAAGUAACACAUUAUUACGAAAUGGAGGUGUCACCUAUGGACGGAGCCGGCAUUCGUCCAUUGAUCAGUAGUUUGAUUAGGGGGAAAAUGUAUCAGUUAAGUUUGUUUUGUUCGGACGCAUACGGUGAAACAAACUAUGAGAGUUUAUGGAGGUUGGGACAGUGGGAAUGCAACAAGGUGUUGGAUUCGGGGGAAGAUAAUUAUGAUAAAUGGAAAUUUUAUGCGAUUAAGGCAAAGAGAGAAGGGGACGAAUUUGGCUUUGUUGAAGCAAUGAAAAAGGGAUGGGAGAGUGUUGUGGGAGAGCUUAUUGGAGCUAAUAUGGAAAGUACCAAACAUUUUUAUGAUGCGUUGGGAAGAUUGCAAGCACUUAAAGAGAUUGAGGACUUCGCCGAGGCUUUAAGUGAAAAUAAGUUGAUUGAAAUCCUCUUGAAAUGGAAGUCACAAGAUGAAAUAAUUUCUAAUGAUUAUAGUUAUGUUGAACCGAUUCAGGCUCAGAGGAUAGUUCUCUUGAGAGACUUACUGAUAAAAAAACAUAGCCUGAGUGAAGUUAUUGUGGAUAUGAUUCUAGGUUACGCGCAGUUGGCACGAGUUGAGGGUAACUCGUUUGAAGCAUCUCGCAUUUUGAAACAAAUGAACUCCUUAAAGCCGUCAAGUGAUAUUAUGGCGAGAAUCCAGUUUGAAGAAGCGCAAUUAAGUUGGAGUAUUAAAGAUGACGUCACUGCGAAAUGCAUUCUGAGGCAUUUUUGUACCAACAAGAACGUCGAUCCGAGAUUGCACGCAAUGGCUUUGAAAAUGACAGGCGAAUGGAUGGCAGAAAGUUCAUCUGAAAAUUACCAUACAAUCAUCCAGAAUUAUUUUCAAAAAUCCCUGGAUAUACUUAAAACAACUCCAGAGAAGUCAAUCGAGGAUCAGAAAUCAAUCCUUGACACUUUCCAUCAAUUAGCGAAAUUUGCCGAUCAAGGCUACCAAGAUGUGAUGUCCCACAUUAAAUCCGACAUUUUUCAGAAGAAGAAAGAGAACAUGAAUAAAGCAAGAGAGACCGUAAGUAAAGUCAAUCUGAAGAAAGCGACUCGAGACGAACGUAAAGCCGUCUCGAUUAAACAAAAACAAAGUUCCAUCGACGAGACUGAAAUCAGGAGUAUAGAGGCAGAAAAAAACGAUUUGCUUCAACUUGCCCUUCGGUAUUAUUUGUUGAAUUUGAUCGGCAGUGAUGAACAUAACAUUACAAUUUUUCGUCUUAUGUCACUGUUGCUCGAAAAUCGAUCGAAUAAUGUGAUUCGAACCCUUUUAGAAAAAGAUGUGUUAAAAAUUCCGACUUACAAGUAUAUAUCAAUCUUGCCGCAGAUUGUACCUCAUAUAGGGGGCACCUCUUGUGAUACAUUUAGUCAAACUGUCAAUAAUAUAAUUGAGAAUUGUGCCAGAGACCAUCCUUACCACACGCUGCCCUUGAUCCUCGCUCUUGCUUUAUCUAACAAAGACCGCGAUUAUGCCGAAUCGAAAGCCGCCGUAAACGACGGCAGGGCAAAAAACGCCAGAAUUAUUCUUGACCGAUUGAGAACAAACCAAACUUUGUCGAAUUUGAUUGAACGAAUGGAAUUUGUAUCGGAGGCGGUGAUCGAGUUGGCGUAUUACAAAAACACAUCCGAUGAUGGCAGUUACAAAGUGCCAAAACGUUGUAAGAUUCGUAAAAUACAAAACUACGACGAUGUUCUUGUACCGACUUAUAAUCUCCCGAUUUCCAAGUUUUCCACUUACAGUAAAAUCGUUGGAAUUUCGCAAUUCGGCGAUUCCUACCAGAACGUAGGAGGAAUUAACGCACCGAAGAGGAUUAUUUGUAAGGGAACAGAUGGUAUUAAUCGAACCCAAUUGAUUAAAGGUCAAGAUGACUUAAGACAAGACGCUGUUAUGCAGCAAGUGUUCACCAUAAUGAACAGCCUUCUCGGUAUUAAUAAACAAACGCGAAAUUUGUUAAUCCGGACCUAUAAAAUAGUACCUUUGUCUAAGAGAAGUGGCAUUCUCGAAUGGGUGGAGAAUACGAUGCCUAUUGGUGUAUAUCUGACAGGUGAAGAUGGAGACAGCGGUGCACAUGUCAAGUAUCGACCAAUGGAUCGCACGCCCCGGAGAUGUCGUGCGGAUUUCAAAAACGCUGCGAAUUUGUCGAACGAGGAACGUCUCCGUAACUUUAACAAUAUCUGUCAAAAUAUCAAACCCGUUUUUCAUAAAUUUUUUGAAGCGACUUUUCCACAGUCUACUGUAUGGUACGAACGUCGCCGUGCGUAUAUUCACAGUGUUGCCACAUCGAGCAUGUGUGGCUAUAUCCUAGGUAUAGGUGACCGUCACGUCAGUAAUAUUCUUAUUGACAAAAAUACAGCCGAAGUCGUCCAUAUUGAUUUUGGAAUCGCGUUUGAGCAAGGGCGGGUACUUCCGACACCCGAAACCGUUCCAUUUAGGUUAAGUCGGGAUGUGGUAGAUGGAAUGGGCGUCUCGGGAGUGGAGGGGGUAUUUCGGAGGGCAUGUGAAAAAACAGUUGAAGUUUUGAGACAGAAUUAUCAGACUGUCAUAACCAUUUUGGAAGUUUUGUUGUAUGACCCAUUGUAUGAUUGGACGGUGAGCACAGCCGAGGCAAAUAAAAGACAAAAAGUUGAUUUGGAUGACUCUUUUCUCAAUAUGUCAUUUGAUCGCGAUGAGAUAACUAAAGAUGUUAAUGUGACUGCCGAACGAGCCCUUCUGAGGCUAAAGGAUAAGUUGCAAGGGCUGGAGAAGGGCAAAUUAAUGACAGUUGAGCAUCAAGUGGGAACGUUGAUCCAGCAAGCUAUGGAUCCGGCAAACUUAUCAAAACUGUUCCACGGUUGGCAACCUUAUCUUUAAGUCUAAAAUGUAAUUGUUACCUAUUUUGUACUUGUUAAUAAACCUAUAUAUUUUUGCAUUUUCAAAA